UAACCACAGCUUUGCAUAUGCAGAGUUGGGGCACGAUGGGUUUUUUAACUGGUUAGGAAUGUAUAAUCAACUCAGCACGCAUGAGCAACUCACAAUACGAUCACGUAAGUGGAGUGCUUUAUAAACACAUGUUCAAGCGUCAUCACUGUGACGAGCUGGCCCUAAACAUGUGUAUUUAACACGGGUAGGACUAACAAUUUCAAGCGUUUGUGCAAUCGGAAUACGUUUUGGGAUAUAAAAGACCCAAGGAACGAAAAUAUCUUCAUUGGCGGUGGAACACAGUCAUAACAACCUCAGAGGUUUAUUUGAACCUAGCUAUGGCAAUGGCAGCUGCCCCCUCGGGGGCUACGAUAAGCCAAGUAUCCAUAAGUGAACUUGAAAACAAUGGCUAUUGCGUCAUCAAUGAUGUCAUCAGUCAAGAAGAAUGUGAUGAACUGAUCGGCCAGUACAAAUGUUGGUUGGAAAAGUUUGAAGAGCCUGAUUGGCCAAAUCACAGACGUUCUAAUAUAUAUCAAUAUAGGAUUGGUCACUUUGGAGCCACGUGGUGUGCAAGGCUAAAGGUGAAACCAGUGUUUUCUUCGUUGUGGAAGACGGACAAAUUGCUCACUAGUUUUGAUGGCGUGGCUGUCUCACGGCCCCCAGAAGAAACUGACAAGGUGUUCGAUUCCGGUCAGAACUGGUUCCAUGUAGAGCAGAAGGUGUCACGUGAGGGCCUCCAUUGUUACCAGGGGGCGCUAUACUUAGAAGAAUCUACCGAAAAUGACUUCUGUUUCCGGGCACUGAAAGAUUCGCACAAAUAUCAUAAUACUUUUUUCGAUCAUUACAAGCCAGCACGAGCAAAGAGCCUUAAGAGCGAUCUCUACAAAUUAGCAACGAACCAAGUUGGUUGGUACAGAAAAAAGAAGUGCAAAGAAGUGAAAGUAGCAGUCCCAAAGGGAGGGAUGCUGUUGUGGGACUCUAGGCUUAUUCAUGACAACGUCCCGCCAGUGGUCAAGAGGCCAAAUGCCGAUAGAUGGCGCUUCGUGGUCUUCGUUUCCAUGACACCUGCCAUCUGGGCAGCCCCAGGGGACAUUGCGCUGAAGCGGAAGGCCUACAAUGAACUGUCGAUGACCACUCACUGGUCAUCGCAAUCUCUCGAAAUUGUUGAAAGUGUAAGAGAACCGUCGCACAGUGGUCAGCCUAUGUACUGCAUCGAUGCUAUGCCGGAAGUGGCUAAAACAGAGGAAGCGAUGCGAUUGGCUGGAGUUUUGGACUAUGAUUUUAAAAAUGGCCAAUCAAAUGGUCCCAAAUUAAAACCCGUCUGGAACCCGCCCCGUGGUUAAGGAUUGGUUGUAGUAUGCAUGUCGCGAGAUAAAAGAGUUGGAAAUUAAUGGUAAGAAUACAAAAAUCCUGGAUGUAACUUAAGAUCCUCUUCAAAACUAUCAACAUUGGAAAUAAGUAAUUUUACAAUGAACAGAACACGCUAAUGUUGUUCCUGAGAAACUCUUUAUAUUCAGGGGAAGUCAGAUUCUCACAUAAAUGAUGGUAAAUGAGUGAGGGAAGGUUUGACGCCAUAAUUAGAAAUAAAACAGAUAUAUUUUUUUAGGAACGACGUAACUGGGCAACAGCCAGGUCACCCAGCAACCCUUCAGAACACAACACACACAGCGUGUACAACCAAUCCCCAUUCCACUUAAAACAAUAGAUUCCAUUUUUCCACAAUUUCCGAACAAUCCAAAUAUGACCCUAUGUUGACAUUCACAAAAUCCAAAGCAAGAACUCACAAAAAACUAUUCCGUCAAAUGAAAGACAUAUUUCUUUGUUUAGCUAUCUCGGGUCAUGUCUGUUGAGUGAUCGUAUGUUCUAAAAUUUUGAAACUGGGCUUGGUUGUGUCGACUCCCAGAAACACGCUCUGUCAUUACCAUUCCACAUUCUUACUCAUGCAAUAUUCUCAAUAAAAUAUAAUUAUCAAAUUA